CAUCCCCCUCCAACCAUAUUCAAAAAAAGAUAUCAAGCUGCGGGAUCAUGCUGUUCCUAGAACUCCCUUUAGAACUCCUCAAAAUUAUCAUUUCCUUGACGGUUACGGAGCUAGGAUUGAACCAGUCGAUGAAAGCGCGUCUUACUUGUCGUAUGUACUCUACGGCAUCCACCCUCCCAUAAUCCACGUCCGCUAAUCUCUAUGCGUCUUAGGCGUUUUCGCCAAAGAAAUUCUUGAGGCGGUCGUUGAGACAAGACUUAUUGAGGAGGUCGCAUCAAAGUCUCACAGGCUGUUGAGAAUCGAGCACCACCACGAUGUGACUGCGCGUUACCUUGACCACCGAGUUCGCACUGAUGGCUCCGUUACUCAUCCUUGGAUUGCGAUAAUUCGUGAGACAUGUCGGUUGCUUGCUCAACAUACUAAGUCAGAGCACGAUGUCGCGCGGGUGGAGUUGUGUCGCCGUAAUGCUUGUUUAUGUCUUGCCGUAAACGCAGGACGUGAUGUGUAUGACAUAUUGGUCAAGGAGUGCACAGAUAGCAAGAAGGCAUUUGAGGGUAGUGACAAUUCACUAGUCAAUUGUCUGACAAUAGCUGCAUGGAUUGGUGAUGGGACUCUGGUAGAGUCAUUGACUAAGGGAAUGGAUCAGGAUUCAAUGUCCUUCUUUGGAAGGCCAUCAUGGGCAGCCGCUGCCCAGGGCCAUGCGGAUCUCUUGCAGCUCUUCUUAAACCAAGGCGCUUUGCCCUACAAUCCCGACUUUGUUCAAGGUCCCCGGUUUGAACUUUCCAAGAGCCCUCUGGCUGUAGCUGCAUACAUGGGCCACGAAAACAUCAUACGACUUUAUCUCCAACAUUACUGCCCAGAAAUGCAGCAGGAGGAGCUGAUGGGUAUUUUCUAUGCAGCGAAAGGCAAUCAACCCACUACCCUCCAACUACUUCUGGAGCAUCACAAGACAACUUCGACAGUACAAGAAUAUCAAGAAACCAUUGAUGUUGCCCUUACCAUGAGCUCUGGACGGGGUGCUCCUGAUUCCCUUCGGAUUCUCCUGGACCACGGUGCCAACGUCAACAAGUCACUUGACUUUCCACUCUCGUGUCUGCAGUAUGCGGUGAUUGCUGGGGAUACGCAAACUGUGAAGUUGUUGCUAGACGCGGGUGCUUCGCUCGAGCCUAUGGUUUGGAAUGAAAGAACUAGACCGAGUGCCUUGAAAGAGGCUAGCCGGAGAGACAACCAUGCUCUUACGAAGCUUAUAUCUGAUAAGCAACAAGGAUUGAGUGCUGGAUGUUCCUAGGGAACUAUACCUACUGAUGGAGAUGUCGAGGUUGAGAAUUUAUAUGGCGAUUUCCAGGUUAAUAGCCAUCUUCAUCUUCUUUCUACCUCAAGGGUGUGUGCUGAGAUACCAAAUAGAGGUGAUUUUCUCCUAGGGAGAUUAUUUCUCCAAAACUUCUUUUUUGUUCCCGUGGUGCCUUCUGGAGAGUGAUGGUGAAUGACAU